AUGGCCUUCUUCAGUUCUCGGCGCUGCCAAACCCCGCCCCCCCCUCCGGAUCCCGGUGUAUUUUCUACUUCACUCGACACAAUGAGGAUUUACUUCUACGGAAAGAUGGCUUCCAAAGACAAAAAACACAGAGCUAUGGGUGAUGAGGAGUGGAUGUCCCGUCUGCGUAGUGACACCACAACCAGGACCCUCAUCUGCAUCCCCCUCCAUCACACCUGGGCAACCACCACGCAAGCCCACUUUGACUUUGGCAUCAUUUACAAAACCACGGUUCGGGGGAUCACAUGGUGCCCAUGCACAGCCAAACUUGGCUUCGGGUGGGCAGCGUGGAAUCAAGACCACAACUGGCACGCCGUCACCUGGCCACAGUCCCAGGCACUAUAUUCAGACUGUCUCUCCUCUGUCUCUUCCCCCCUCUACUGUGUCUGCAACCAGCUCCACUUCCUGUGUCACAUCGGCUGCUACUGGAGCUCAUCAAGCAGGCGAUCGGGGGUCACAUCGGAGCGAGUGGCCCUGCUGGUCCUCAGUGUUCUCCUGGCAGCUGCCGUCAUAGCUCUUGGUGUAACCCUUUAUGAAAAUACUCAAACCAAGAAGAGUCUCCAAAAGCUUUAAGAUGAAUGUGAGGCAAAACCUCUCUCAGUAACCAAUAAAACUUGUCCGAGGUGUGAGGACGGCUGGGAGCCACAUGGAGGAAAGUGCUACUUCUUCUCCUCGGUUACUUCAUCCUGGACUCAGAGUAGAACACAAUGCACAUCAAUGAGAGGAGACCUGGUUGUGGUAAACAGCAACGAGGAGCAGAAAUUCCUGGAGUCUAGAGUGAGUGAAAAAAUGGAAAAAGAUGAGGACAUGUUCUGGAUCGGACUGACAGACUCAAAGAACGAGGGUGAAUGGCUUUGGGUGGACAACUCACGACUGGAUUCAAGUUUGACGUUUUGGCGUGAGGGCGAGCCAAACAACGUGAAAGUGGAGAAUCCUGAUGGAGAGGACUGUGUGAGGAUGGGGGAGAAAAAAGGAGCCACGGACCUGAAGUCCUGGGUCGAUCAAUCCUGCGAAUCGACUCAAAAAAGUAUUUGUGAGAAACCAGAAAAAGCAUGA